UCUCGGGGUUUCGCGUGCUUCUCGCGCGGAGUGUACCAUGGAUGCAUGCACCCGCUGCGCACGGAUGAACGUCACGAAGAAUGACAUUUAAAAUUUGCAGUUAAAGAUCGGGACGAUCCAGAGGACGUGUUUACGAGGCUGUGCUUUGAUUGACAGUUGCGUUACAUGGGGCACUGAACGGUCGCGGAAACGAGGACGCAUCAUGAAUGUGGACAACGACUUGGACCAGCAUUUGUUGCGCCAGUUCAGCUGUCUAGGCACCACCGAUAAAGACGAUCUGGUGAAGCAGCUGCAGAGGCUGCUGGCUGGCAGCCAGCUGAACGAAGCCACCGCUACGUUCUUCCUCGAUAUGAACAACUGGAACCUUCAAGCAGCUAUAUGUAGUUACUUUGACUUCGAGUCUCCCUUCAAGUUCCCCUGUAUGGCCCUGAUAUGCGACAGCACUAUAGGCGAAGGGGAAUCGGUGCCACCUAACACUAAAUUUCGAAAAUCAUGGCACGUACAAAACAGCGGCACAGAGGCAUGGCCUGCUGAGAUUUGUCUGCAACAUACAGGAGGGGUGCAAAUGGGAGAAUGCACGCGGGUACCGGUUCCGUCUUUAGGCCCCAAAGAAACGACUGAGAUAAGCGUGGACCUCACCAGUCCCUCUGUCACCGGCGUGUACCAGAGUAAAUGGAGAAUGAUGACAUCAACGGGUUCCUAUUUUGGGGACAUCAUUUGGGUGAUCAUCACUGUUAGCGAAUGUGGCACCCUGGCAGUUACUCAACAACUGCAUCAAUUAAGUACUUCACAGUCUAACGAUGUACAGAUGUGCUAGCCCCCGAUAUCCAGAGACUUCCCCUAAAUUUCGUCCUAUUUUUUUUUUCUUUUCUUUGUUUUAAACGCUGUCAGUUACUUUACAUCGAGCAGGAGGGAUUCAUUUUAAGGUAUACCGCUUUAAAUGAUAGAAACGAUUCGUUCCACUAGCGAUUCAAGACAAACGAUAAUUCCCAACAGAUGUUUACAUGAUUUAAGGAAGUGCUGGAUUUUAAAACUGUAUAGAAAUAACGUAAUUUUGUUAGAUUUGAAAGUUGUUUAAGGCCUUUAAACGUCCAUGCUUGUCGGUUACGUCGAUAAACGUAUUUCUUCCUCUCUCGACGAUUAGAAACGUGGUGGAAUAGUUAUGAUUGUAUGAUUUGUGCGUAACUUAAGCCUGUAACGGACAUGUAUGGACUAAUUCGAGACCGGUACUGAAAAAAAAGAAAUUGAAAUAUAAAUAUAUAAAUAUACAUAUAUACAUAUACGUAGAUAUACGCAUGUUGUCCCAUUUUAACUUGGACACCGUGAUAACUCGAAAACAGAGUUUUAGUACGAAACAUUUGAAACAAAAGUUUUUUAGCUUCCAAGGGGGCCACAAGAUGGAGUUAUCAAUUCGAUUAUAGAUGGCACCACUUACGGUACUUGUUCGUAGCGCCCAUUUUUCAAAAAUCAAAGUCGACUUUUUUUUUUUCAUUUGGAUUAUUUUUGACUGUGUUACAGCGAUUUAAAGUUUGUUAUUUUUUAAAUUCAAUUUGUGUGCACGUGUCACACACACGCAACAGAAUCCUUAUUUCUGCUACACACACACACACACAUACACAUUGAAUUUGAAAAAUAACAAAACAGAUCCGAAUAAAAAACAAAAACAAGAACCAUUGUCUUCAUCUCGAUACCAGCUACAAUUUGCAUUGGACCAAAAAAUCUACUUCCAUUUAAAAAACAAUGGCCGCCAUGAAGAAAUAUUACAAGUAGAGUCGAAUUGAUCAUUUCUGGUCCCCUCUGAACCAUAAAACUUUUGUCUGAAACAUUUUUUUUUGCUAAAAUUCCAUGUUUUCGAGUUAUUACAAAGACCAAGUUAAAAUGAGAGAACCUAUAUACGUACAUAUAUGUACACAUAUGUAUAUUAUACAUAUAUGCAUACGUAUAUACAGGAUGUUAAGCUACUGGAAUGAGAAAGUUCACAGGUCGCAGGAAAAAAAUUAUUAUGUUGAGGGUUUAGUUCCAAAGUUAUUAAUCGCUGAGAGUGUUGCAGGAAUUUUCAUGAUUUCACAUCGUGUUACAGCUUACAGAGUCACCCAACAUUUCUCAAACCAGUAGUAGAACAUCCUACACAUACACACACGACACACAAACACAUACACGUACAAUUACUAAGAUACGAGUUUAUUAAAAACAUAAUUUUUAUUAGGAAAUAAAGUAUAGAUACAGUUAGAAAUUAUAAUACACAGUGAAUUUCAUUAAUUCGCCAAUUCAAAUGGUAUACUUACUUUCUCAACGGUUAAAAUUUUUUUUUUUUUUUUUUUUUGUUUUUU